AUGGUCAAGAUCAAUUUUAAAGAUUUCAAAAAGCAAAUUGUCGCUCUCGAAUUAGAGUCCAAUGCUACCAUUGGUGCCGCUAAGCAAAAGUUAGCCGAAGACAAGAACUGUGAAGAGUCACAGAUCAAACUCAUUUACUCAGGUAAAAUACUGCAAGAUGAGCGUACAAUCGAGGAUUACAAACUCAAAGAUGGUGAUCAGGUUAUUUUUAUGAUAUCCAAAAAGAAGUCUACCACGACAAAGACUACGCUUCCGCCAAUCGAACACAGAGAGGCUACGGUGCCAGUCCCCCAGGUCCCCAGCGCAGACCACUCAGAGCAACCAAGUGCAGCCACUGAUGCUCCCGUUGUCAAUGCUAGUACUGAAUCCUCCUCUGGGACCGAUGCAGGCUUUGUUACUGGCUCUCAGCGCAACGAGACCAUUCAAAGGAUCAUGGAAAUGGGCUACGACCGCGAACAAGUAGAAAGAGCUUUGAGGGCUGCAUUCAACAAUCCAGAUCGUGCAGUUGAAUACUUGUUGAUGGGAAUCCCAGAGCACUUGCAGCAGCAACCACAACCACAGCAGCAAGUCGAACAACAGCAACCACAACCACAACCACAACCACAACCACAACCACAAGACCAGGGUGGUGACCAAACACAAGGGUCAGAACAACCAUCACACGCGCAUUCUGCCCAGCACCAGGGUACCUCUGAGGAGUCCCAUCCAGCUUCGGCGGAUGAUUUGUUUGCUCAAGCAGCUGCAACCUCAAGCACCGGUGAUGCUGGCGAAGAUGCCAAUGCGCCUGGUACCAUUGGCCUCACGAUGGAAGACCUUAUGUCUCUCAGACAAGUGGUUACUGGAAAUCCUGAAGCUUUGGCACCACUGCUUGAAAGUUUAAGUACGCGCUACCCUCAACUUCGCGAACAGAUUAUGGGUAAUCCUGAAAUGUUUAUUAGCGUGCUAUUGGAGGCUGUGGGAGGAUCUCUGCAAGAGGGUGAUUUAAAUUUGGAAGGGGGCCUAGAAGGUGCUCUUGCUGAGGGUGGUCCUGAAGAAGGUGAAGCGACCGCAGAUAUUGAAAUAACCCCGCAGGAUGAGGCUGCAAUUUCAAGACUGUGUGAACUUGGAUUUGAAAGGUCGCUUGCGGUCCAAGUAUAUUUUGCAUGCGAUAAGAACGAAGAGAUCGCCGCCAAUAUGCUCUUUAGUGAGUACGCAGACUAG